AUGUACGUGGUCAAGCGGGACGGCCGCCAGGAGACGGUGCACUUCGACAAGAUCACGGCCCGCCUCAAGAAGCUCAGCUACGGCCUCAGCCAGGACCACUGCGACCCCGUGCUCGUCGCGCAGAAGGUCUGCGUGGGGGUCUACAAGGGCGUCACCACCAGCCAGCUCGAUGAGCUCGCUGCCGAGACCGCCGCGGCCAUGACCGCGUCUCACCCCGACUACGCCUCGCUGGCGGCGAGGAUUGCUGUGUCGAACCUGAACAAGAACACAAAGAAGUCCUUCUCCGAGACGAUUAAGGACAUGUACCUGCACUUCAACGAGAGAUCUGGGCUGAUGGCCCCUCUGGUCGCUGAAGAUGUUUAUGAAAUCAUCAUGAAGAAUGCUGCUCGCUUGGACAGCGAGAUAAUUUAUGACAGGGAUUUCGACUAUGACUACUUUGGCUUCAAAACUCUGGAGAGGUCUUACCUCUUGAAGCUUGGCGGGAAGGUUGUUGAAAGGCCGCAGCACAUGCUGAUGAGGGUUUCAGUGGGGAUACACAAGGAAGACAUUGAGUCUGCCAUCAGGACGUACCAUCUGAUGUCCCAGCGCUGGUUUACACAUGCUUCACCAACGCUUUUCAAUGCUGGCACACCGAGGCCCCAGUUAAGCAGCUGUUUUCUUAUAUGCAUGAAAGAUGACAGCAUUGAGGGAAUCUAUGAGACCCUGAAGGAGUGUGCUGUAAUAAGCAAAUCUGCUGGAGGAAUUGGUGUCUCAGUUCAUAACAUUCGUGCUACUGGGAGUUAUAUUCGAGGAACAAAUGGAACAUCAAAUGGAAUUGUUCCUAUGUUACGUGUCUUUAAUGAUACUGCUCGCUAUGUUGAUCAGGGUGGUGGCAAAAGAAAGGGUGCAUUUGCUGUAUACUUGGAACCUUGGCAUGCUGAUAUUUUUGAGUUCCUUGAUCUGAGGAAGAACCAUGGGACGGAGGAAAAUCGUGCAAGGGAUCUUUUCUAUGCACUAUGGGUUCCUGAUCUAUUCAUGCAAAGAGUCCAGAAUAAUGGAGAAUGGUCAUUAUUUUGCCCUAAUGAAGCUCCAGGGUUGGCUGAUUGCUGGGGUGAGGAGUUUGAUAAUUUGUACAAGAAAUAUGAGAGCCAAGGCAAGGCAAAGAAAGUUGUUCCAGCACAGACCCUCUGGUUUGACAUUUUGAAGGCACAAAUAGAGACUGGUACACCAUAUAUGCUUUACAAGGAUACUUGCAAUAGGAAAAGUAAUCAACAGAAUCUGGGCACAAUUAAAUCAUCAAACUUGUGCACUGAGAUAAUUGAGUUUACAAGCCCUAAUGAAACUGCUGUCUGCAACCUAGCAUCUAUUGCUUUACCUCGUUUUGUUCGGGAAAAGGGUGUUCCUUUAGAGUCCCAUCCAUCUAAGCUUGUGGGUAGCAGUGAUUCAAAAAAUAGAUAUUUUGAUUUUGAGAAGCUAGCUGAGGUUACCUCAACUGUUACUUACAAUCUUAACAAAAUUAUCGAUAUUAAUUAUUAUCCUGUUGAGACAGCAAAGAGAUCAAAUAUGCGGCACCGGCCAAUUGGCAUAGGUGUUCAAGGCCUGGCAGAUACUUUCAUAUUACUGGGCAUGCCAUUUGAUUCACCAGAGGCUCAGCAGUUGAAUAAGGAUAUAUUUGAAACUAUCUACUAUCAUUCUCUGAAAGCUUCUGCUGAACUUGCUGCUAAAGAAGGUCCCUAUGAAACAUAUGAAGGGAGCCCUGUCAGCAAGGGCAUUCUCCAACCUGACAUGUGGAAUGUAGUGCCAUCUAACAGAUGGAACUGGUCAUCUCUAAGGGAGACCAUUUCUAAAGUUGGGAUAAGAAAUUCUCUUCUUGUUGCUCCAAUGCCCACUGCUUCCACUAGUCAGAUUCUUGGCAACAAUGAGUGUUUUGAACCCUACACGUCUAAUAUAUACAGUCGACGGGUUCUAAGUGGGGAAUUUGUUGUGGUUAACAAGCAUCUUCUUCAUGAUCUGACUGAAAUGGGUAUUUGGACUCCUACUCUGAAAAACCAGAUAAUAUACGAUGACGGUUCUGUCCAAAAGAUAGCAGAAAUCCCAGAUGAUCUUAAAGCAAUCUACAAGACUGUUUGGGAGAUCAAGCAGAAAACUUUAGUUGAUAUGGCGGUUGACCGUGGAUGCUAUAUUGACCAGAGCCAGAGCCUCAAUGUCCACAUGGAGCAAGCAAACUUUGGGAAGCUAACAUCACUUCACUUCCAUGCUUGGUCCAAGGGCCUGAAAACUGGAAUGUACUAUCUACGCACACGAGCUGCUGCUGAUGCGAUCAAGUUUACAGUUGAUACCACACUUCUAAAGGAGAAUGGGAAUGUGGUGAGUAAUGGAAAGCCCACAGAGGAAGACGUGGAAGCUAAAAUGGCACAAAUGGUCUGUUCUUUGAACAACCGGGAAGAGUGCCUGGCGUGUGGAAGCUAG